GAUUCACCAGGCGUGGUGAGAAACGAUCGCGCAUAGUCGCUUUUACUCUUCGUGACGUUGCCACAGGCAAGAAUGUUCACGAAAUGGUUCGCAGAGGAAGGCGGCCCUUUGGAAACUCCCGCAGGGAGAGUUUUUCACGAGUAUCCACACCCAAACAACUGGAAGGAGUUGGUGAACGAGCUUUUUUCUCGUUUCGGGUCAGAUGGGGUUGAGAUCCCACUAGAACUCUGUCCGUGCGGCAAGCGAAAGGCUACUAUUCGUCGUUUUCUCGUUGCUCGGAAAUACAAAAUUGACGACGCUGAAAAAAUGCUCCGAGAUACAAUCAAAUGGCGCCAGUCAGUCACCAUCGGUGGAGUCACCGGUGUGCGCAACAUCAUUUUAUCUAAGCCUCGUUGGGAUUUGUUGAGCAUGAAUCGAAAAAUCAUUCCAGCUACUCCUUUUCUUUGCUACACGAAGCAAGGUUUUCCGGUCUAUUCUCUGCGCUUGGGCAAAGGUGAUGGGUCUUUGGCAACUGCAGCACCAGACGAGUGUCACAUUUACUGCUCAAUAGUCCGUGGUGAACAUCUCGUGAACAAAAUAUUUCCAGAAGCACAGAAGCUUCACGAAACAAAAUUGUCUCGACGUGGGAUAACCUCUAGCUUGGAUCAGACGUCGGCUCUCACAAGGCAUGAAAAUGAACCUUAUACAGACGAUGACCUUGACGUAAUAGACAAGCAAAUUGUUAUUGUUGACUUGGAUGGAAUCAGUAUGUCAGCUCUCCGUUGCCUCUAUGUAUUCAAACUGAUAAACUCUGUCGCUUCCUGCAAUUAUCCAGAGCUUUCGAAAGCGAUUUAUGUGUUGAAUUCCCCGCCCGUCUUCGAUUACAUAUGGUCUGCAAUCAAGCCGCUCCUUGCCGCGCAUACGAGAAACAAAGUGCGCAUCUUUCAGAUGGGUCCAGAGCAAUAUGGCGCACUACAAGAAAUCCUUGAAGAUGAUGAUAUCCCAGAUUACCUUACUCCUCAAGUUAACGAGGAGAACGUGAAGGGCAGAGUUGGUUGUGUACCCGACGCUGAUGAGCCCGACUUUAGACCUGAGGGGGUCCGGGACUUUGACGCUUGGCUGGAGAAUUCGUCUGAAGCCCUGGACAAAACUUGUCCGUUUCCAUAGGUUAACGCUGUUUGUAGUAUUGUCUAAUCGUAAUAAAAAUAUCGUGAGU